AUGCAAGAGUAUCCUAAUAAUAUAUUUGGUGGAGCCAAUGGUGUUAUCGAAGUAUAUGUAAGUCGAGCAAAAGAUCUCCCUAACCUUCGGAAGAUGGACAAGCAGAGCCCUUUUGUUCGACUUAGAAUUGGUCAUAUGACAGAGGCAUCCGAAGUAGCAUAUCGUGGGGGUCAAACGCCAAAAUUCCAAUUCUACACUAAAUUUGAUCUGACUCCUGAUGUGAAACCAACAUUGUCAGUUGAGCUGUUUGACGAUAGAUCUCCUCCAAAACUUAUCGGACAAUGCGAAGUCGACUUGACGCCAGCACUAUACAAAGAUCCAGAAGAUGGUCACGACGACUGGUUUCCUUUGUUCUUCGGAUCUGAAGAGGCAGGAAAAGUUUACAUGGAGCUAACAUUUCAUCCUGUGGUACUUACAUCUCAGGCGAGAUUACCGGAAGCUGAAGAGGAGAGUAAUUUUGAAGCUUCACUAUCUGAGAGAUGCCCGCCACCUUUGCCUUCAAAAUUACCGAAUUUUGAGACCAAUUCACCUGUAAAGACAAGUACGGGCUAUAUGCACGCCUCUCGUCUUCGUCAAGAGACUCCUAACUUCCACGAAGAGAGAAUUUUCCCUCAGACAGCAGGCCCAAGAGUCGAUUUUACGUCCUCCAUUUCAACAAACGCCACCAACGAAUCACAAACUACUCAUAACUCGCAAGAGAGUCAUUCGACCGUAAACAGCACGGGUACUACUGAGCCUCUUUUUGCCAAAUUGAAGCAGCUCAAGGAAAAAUGGAAAUCCAUUAAAAAUCCUUCAAGUGACAUUCUUGAUCAGGGAAACAGGCUUGACCUUGAAGCACUUCAAAAAGUAGUAGGAGUCGACCCUGAAGAUAGGGACGCUGACCACAAUAGGCCUGAACGUUUUGAGCGAACAUCAACAAUCCCUAAUGGCACACCGCCUUCGAUGCCAAGAAUUCCAAAAAAUGUGUCCGGUAAAUUAAGUAUGCAUAGCCGACCAGCAACUCCAAAAUUACCUCCACUACCUACUGACUCACCGCUCAGGUCAAGGAAUUCAUCCCCUUCGCCUCCACGAAGAAGACCACCUCCAUCCACUUAA